AGAUCACACUCAGUCUUGAACCAUGUUGGGAUCCAGGUUCAAUUAUUCUCCUCUACACUCUGGGUUGAGAAACCUUAGUUAUGCCGGAGGAAAAGUGCCUCCGACCACACAGAACGUGAUAAAUGGGCAAUGGGUUGAGUCUAGUACAGAUAAAUGGAUUGAUUUAUUAAACCCAGCAACUAAUAAACUAGUUACAAGGGUCCCCCAGUCCACUAAUGAUGAGAUGAAUGCAGCUGUAGCCUCCGCUAAGGAAGCCUAUGCUACAUGGAGCAAAACCACUCCCCUUUACAGACAACAGAUCUUUUUCAAGUAUCAGCAGCUGAUCAAGGAGAACAUCAAGGAUGUGGCGAGGUUGAUCACCAUUGAGCAGGGUAAAACCCUGCCAGAUGCUGAGGGUGAUGUUAUGAGAGGUUUACAGGUGGUGGAGCACUUGUGUGCGAACACUAACCUGAUGUUAGGAGAGAACCUGGUUGGGAUCAGUAAGGAUAUGGAUCUCAUGAGCUACAGAACUCCCCUCGGCGUCUGUGCAGGGAUUGCACCCUUCAACUUCCCAGCUAUGAUUCCUUUAUGGAUGUUCCCGACAGGAGUAAUUUGUGGUAACACCUACGUAAUCAAGCCAAGUGAACGAGACCCUACUGCCUGUAUGGCCCUGGUUGAACUAUUUAAAGAAGCAGGAUGUCCUGACGGCGUUGUUAAUGUAAUCCAUGGUCAACAUGAAACUGUAAACUUUAUCUGUGAUCAUCCAGAUAUUAGGGCAAUUUCAUUCGUUGGUGGGGAUGCAGCUGGUCGACAUAUUUACAAUCGUGGAUCUAACAACGGGAAGAGAGUUCAGUCUAAUAUGGGAGCCAAGAACCAUGGAGUUAUUAUGCCAGACGCAAACAAGGAGUAUACUAUAAACCAGUUGGUCGGAGCAGCAUUUGGUGCGGCCGGUCAGCGUUGCAUGGCGCUCACAACAGCCGUGGUGGUCGGGGAGGCUAAAGAAUGGAUCCCAGAGGUCGCUGCUAGAGCUUCAAAACUUGUAGUUACCGCAGGUCACGAACCACACUCUGAUCUUGGUCCGGUUAUCUCCCCUGAAUCCAAGCAGAGAAUUCACAACCUGAUCCAAUCUGCUGUUGACCAGGGAGCUGAACUACUCCUGGACGGACGUGGUCUCGUGGUUCCAGAAUAUCCUGACGGAAACUUUGUUGGACCAACUGUAAUCUCUAAUAUGACGAUAGAUAUGGAUGCUUAUAAACAGGAAAUAUUCGGCCCUGUCCUCUGCGUUAUUUAUGUGAAUACUCUAGACGAAGCUAUUGAGUUAAUAAACAAGAAUCCCUACGGAAACGGAACUGCUAUUUUUACCAAAAAUGGAGCAACUGCUCGUAAAUUUACAUCGGAAAUAGACGUGGGUCAGAUUGGAGUAAAUGUUCCCAUCCCCGUCCCUCUCCCUGUCAUGUCCUUCAGUGGAUCCAGAGGUUCCUUCCUCGGAGAUUCACAUUUCUACGGAAAGCAGGGUCUGCAUUUCUAUACUCAGACUAAAACAGUCACUUCACUCUGGAGGGAAGUGGAUUCUUCCGACUCUAACAGCGCCACUGCAAUGCCAGUGCAAAAAUAAACGAUCUGUUUUUGCAGGAUGAAGGAAAGCUGAUGCUGAUAAUUAUUAAUGGUGCACUUUUUAUUCAAUAAAUAUGUUUAUUUUUUAAUUAAAA